UGUACCUGUUUCAGUCGGAGGUUUAGGUGUAGAAGCUACGCUAUUUUCGUAACUCAUAUUUCAUUCGAUAAAUUACCAUGAACAAUAACAGAAAAUGUGACGAACUUAUAUAUGAAUUACUAAAAAGAUUUGUUAAUACUAUCAUAUUAUUUUGGCAAUUAAUCGAUCUACACUUAUCGAAUCGGGAUGUGACCAGUAACCAUUUAGUUGAGUGACUACUUAUUAGUUUGGCAGCAAUGCGUUUUGUUUUGAAGCUGUGGACACAUAACCCAUAGGCAAGCGGUCAAAUGAUACGCAUCGCGGAUUUUCCCCCGAAAGUUAAAAAAUGCAACCGAAGUUUGAUUGGGCAGCAGAGCAGAAGAGAGGCAGCUUAGCUAGCUUAAUACUGCUGGUUGAGAUGAUGUUCGUAUUGCCGAAAAAGUGGCGAAAACUGAUGAUAUAAAACCAUCUAGUGUGAUAGAGGAAAGUAUCAUUCGUUCGUGAUCACUUGCUCAAAUCACACAUUGGAAAGGCAACCAUGAAGGCGUCAAAAAUAAUCGUCGUUACACUAGUGAUAGUGUCAUGGGUUUCGGCCGAGAAACAGUCAGCAAAAGACAAGCGUAGCAUUGCCGAACAUGGGUCGCAGCUUGCGUCUUAUCACAACCAUGUCGCCCGUCAGCAACAGCAACAGCGUGUUCGUUAUAAUGCACCCGUUGUGCAGGACCACUACAACCAACAUCACACGGAGACCCAGUGGUCUCAGCCAGAUGAACUGCUAAACAACGCGGAACAUCAGCACGAGCAACAGAACCAGCUAGAAUGGGAACACCAUAAGUUGCACACAUCGGUCCAAAACGGACAAGGAGAGGGUCAACACUAUCCUCAAUAUAACCAUCAGCAGUAUCAGCAAGGACAGGACGAGCAAGUGCAACAGAACCACAUCGACUAUCAUUAUAGUCAAAACCACAAUCAGCCUCAAUUAAUCAACCACCACGCCCAGAUUAUGAAUACUCACAUUGACUAUCAACCUCUUCAACAACAGAACCAUGGUUACGAACAUCAACAUAACCAUGGCUACGAACAACAACAACAGAGCCAUGGUUACGAACAUCAACAGACGCAUGGUUACGAGCAUCAUCAGAACCAGAAUCAGGUUCAGUACCAACCGGAAGUUCAAAAACACGUACCAGUAGCGAUAAGUGUGCCAUAUCAAAUGCACUAUAAGAAGCAAGUUCCGGUUGUGGUGGAGAAAAAAGUUCCUAUUUAUGUGGAGAAGCAGGUUCCCUACAAUUUUGAGCGACCGGUUCCCUAUCCGGUCCAGGUGCACGUUGAUCAACCAGUACACAAGGAUGUCAACAUCGGUUACGUUCCGAAACCAGUCGCAGUUCAUGUCGAGAAGCCUUAUCCGGUGUACGUUCCGCGCCCGGUUUACGUUGAGAAACCAGUGCCGCUGCAAGUGGUCAUUGUCCGCGAGAAGAAGAAGCCCUGGUGGUCGAAAUUUAUGUAAUUUGACAUCUGUGGUUUGCUCUUCUGUAGUGUAGAUAUAGCUAUAGCUUGUAAAUGAUGUAAACUUAUAACAAAUUAUUUAUUGUAAGGUUGUACUUAC